AUGGAGAAGAUCGGAGAGUUAUCGUCCUCCUUCUCCUCGUCGCCGGGUUUCGAUGAGCUAGAUGAGUUCUUGGAGGGAGUAGUUCAAGAACGCUUGGAUCGUUUGGAAAUGGCGACUGGUAGUACAAUUGUUGAUGGUCAUGGGAAGGAGAGCUUUGAUGAUAUUUUGCUAAAGAUUCAGAAAGAUGAUGCUACUGGGAUCUCCAUUGAUAGAGAUAGCAUUAAAGCUCUCCUCUUGGAAUAUGAAUACAGGAGUCGUGAAGUCAUGACUAGUCAAGUGUAA